AGGAAAUUCAAACCGCUUCGGUUUCAGCAUCAACGAGUUUUUCACCGCCGUCCCCACCUCUAUUCUCUCUCUAAAAUAUUUUCACCUUCCACCGCACCGAUGGCAAUUUCCACAACACUCUAAAUAUUUCCACCUGGCGAUGACAAUUAGCACAACAUUCAACGCCACUGCUGCUAUAUAUAGGAGCAUGACUUCAAGAAAUUUCUUCAAGAGGCUGCCUUUAAAUCACUCCUAUUAUCAUCGCACCACUGCUCAUUCUGCUCUUAAUAUCACAUUCAAUUCUUGCAAAGAAUCCACUUUUUCAUCGUACCAUAGUAGAAUUUCAGACAGGCGCGAGAGUUAUACUAGUGGUGGGAACAGUUUUCGUGGCAAGAAUUUUACUGGGGUUGCGUUGAAGGCGGAGGCGGCAAUGACGGUGGCAGCGGCGUUGUGCAUUGAAGAUGGCUCCCUGUUGGUGAAUGGGAGGGUGGUGUUGGAGGGUGUCCCCGAAAACGUCGCCGUCUAUCCUGUGACUGACGGAUUGUCUUUUUCUUCUACCUCUGCUGCUUUUAUUGGUGCCAGCUCGAGUAUUCCUAGCUCAAGACAUGUUUUUAGUCUUGGUGUUCUUCGAGAAUGCAGGUUUAUGGGUCUCUUCAGGCACAAGAUUUGGUGGAUGAUACCUCGUUUUGGGAGUUCGGGUAGCGAUAUUCGAAUGGAAACACAGAUGUUGCUGUUGGAAGUGAGAGAGGAGUCUGCAGUGCAAGAUGAUAGUUUCUUGGGACAAUCAGCUGACAACACAUCUUACGUGUUGUUUUUGCCCGUGUUAGAAGGGCGAUUUAGGGCAACGCUGCAAGGCAACUCAGCUAAUGAGCUAGAGCUCUGUGUUGAAAGUGGAGAUGCUCAUGUACAGACCACUCAGGUUUCAGAAGCUGUCUUCAUAACAUCGGGGAGUAACCCGUUUGAGCUUAUAAGGGAUUCUUUAAGGAUUCUUGAGAAUCAUAAAGGUACCUUCACUCAUAUUGAACACAAAAAGAAACCUACACAUUUAGAUUGGUUUGGUUGGUGUACUUGGGAUGCUUUCUAUAGAGACGUUACUCCACGUGGAAUUAGAGAAGGUCUUGAAAGCUUCCUUGAAGGAGGUUGCCCGCCUAAAUUUCUAAUUAUAGACGAUGGAUGGCAAGAUACAUUUGAUGAGUUCCAGAAAGAAGGAGAACCUUGCAUUGAAGGAACGCAAUUCGCCAUUAGAUUAAAUGGUCUCAAGGAAAGUUCCAGCUUCAUGGAGACGGGCACAGAUAUUUCAUGCCAUGAUCUUCAUGACUUUGUCAAGUUCAUUAAAGAAAAAUACGGCUUGAAAUACGUGUAUGUUUGGCAUGCUUUGGUAGGUUAUUGGGGAGGGCUUCUUCGAUCUUCCGAGAAAAUGAAGAAGUACGGUCCCGAGCUAGUAUACCCCAAACAGUCUCCCGGAAAUGUUGGAAACACGCGUGAUGUAGCAAUGGACUAUUUAGAAAAAUACGGAGUUGGUCUUAUUGAUCCUGAGAAAGUUUAUGAUUUUUACAAUGAUCUUCAUAGCUAUCUUUCCAGCAGUGGAGUCGAUGGAGUGAAAGUAGAUAUCCAAAAUCUGAUAGAGACUCUAGGAGCAGGCUAUGGGGGGCGAGUCUCCCUCACCAGAAAGUACCAAACAGCGCUGGAGGAUUCCGUUGCUAGGAAUUUCCAAGAGAAUAACCUGAUAUGCUGUAUGAGUCUCAACACCGACUCCAUCUACAGCUCAAAGAGAAGCGCCACUGUAAGAGCAUCGGAAGAUUUUAUGCCACGACAGCCUACAUUUCAAACUUUACAUGUUGCUUCUGUGGCUUUCAACAGCCUUCUACUAGGGGAGAUCAUGGUGCCUGAUUGGGAUAUGUUUCAGAGCCAUCAUUACACAGCAGAAUUCCACGGUGCAGCAAGAGCGGUGGGUGGAUGUCCUGUGUAUGUGAGUGAUAAACCGGGAAUCCACGACUUCAAAUUACUUAAGAAGUUGGUAUUGCCCGAUGGCUCGAUACUGAGGGGGAAAUACGCUGGGCGACCUACCCGUGAUUGCUUAUUUGUAGACACAGUAAUGGAUGGCAAAAGCUUAUUGAAGAUUUGGAACAUGAAUAAGUCAUCCGGAGUGAUUGGCAUAUUCAACUGCCAAGGAGCCGGAAACUGGUCGUUGAGAGAUACGGAGCAACAAGAUCCUACUUCAUCAUCCAAGUCUAUAUCUUUGUCAGGCACUGUAAGCCCUCAUGAUCUUGAAUCUCUCGGAGAAAUUGCUGAUGAGAGAUGGAAGGGGGACUGUGCCGUCUAUGCUUUCCACACGGGAUCGCUUUCUCGACUGGCAAGAGAAGGAAGUCAUAAAGUAACUUUAGCCACUCUUGAAUGUGAAGUAUUUACAAUCUCCCCUAUACACGCUGUGAGCAAAACGCUCGAUUUUGCUCCAAUUGGAUUGAUCGAUAUGUUCAACUCUGGAGGUGCAACGGAAGGCUUAAGUUUUAGCCAUGACGACCCUUCUGGUUGCUUCAUAAGGAUAGAAGCUCGUGGUUGUGGCCGUUUUGGGGCUUACUCGAGUGAGAAGCCGAUCCAUUGCACAGUCGACGGGGUUAAGGUAGAGUUCGAAUACAAUCUGGAUAGCGGAUUGCUGAUAGUUAAACUUGAAGGUGAAUGCAAAAUCAAGAACAUUACCAUUUGCUAUUAGUUUUUGAGUUUUUUGGCUUAAUAUUUCUGGGAGUUUGAUUCGCAGAGUCGUGCAUAUAUUUUCUCGUGGUUUUGAUGUUUGAAUUGAUUGCAUUCUGUAAGCUGUUUUCCUGGGAAUAAUACUACACAUGUUACACAUUUUCAA